GGGGGGGGAUCCAUUUAGACGCAUCGGCUGUUGCCGUGUCGAUCUCACUACAUUCCCACGCCACACUACGUAGCAACUCGCAGAAUUCGGAAGCUCCUUACUUACUACUUAACAUACUUACAACUUACAGGCCGCAAGCUCGCAGCGCAAGUGAAGGCCUGGUCCGGAACUCUACCACGGUUCGAAUGCGAGCUAGAGGAGCUCUGCUGAACUUCGUACGUGCAGAGAGGCAACUGAUACACUCAUAUUGAUAAAGUCGACGGCGCUCAGGAUUCCCGUUUUUUGCAAUCUGCGUUAUAUCGUAUGACCACGCGAAACGCAUCUUUCGCAAUGCACCGAGCACUAGCCGUCCCGGAGCUCCUUCGCAUGAUACUCGAUCACGCUGGCGGCGAACAACCAUACCUACCGGCGCUCCUCGCGUUCGCUCUUACGUGCCAUGCUUUUCUUGAACCCGCCCUGGAUAUCAUAUGGCACUUCCAGAACGGUCUGGGGCACCUGGUCGAGUGUCUACCUGAAGAAUUCUGGGAAGCCUCCGAGUCUGCGCAGGUACCGUUGAUACCUAGAAAGCCUAACAAGCACACUACGCCUCAAGAUUGGGAGCGCUUUGACUUCUACGGUCAGCGUGUUCGAGAACUACAAUGCGGCCCGUCAAGCAGUCUUGGACAUGCGUCCCGGGCGAUAUCGGAUGACCUCUUUUUCUGGCUCGUUUCGUCAAGACCCCACUGCCCGUUGCUACCCGCCCUUCGCAAACUCCUCUGGACGGAGAACAGUACGUAUGGGUAUUUCGACUCUGCGCAUGUGUUCUUCGGGCAGCAGCUCUCUGCGCUGAAUAUUGACAAGUGCACGCCCAACUCAAAGUACUCCUCCGACGUCAUCACCCCGAUUCUCCUACACCUCACACAACGCUCACCAGACAUCCGAGAGCUCAGGAUUUGUAUCGUUGUCGAUUCCAUGGAUGGUACUCAACCUGGCCCCUUUCCCGAUAAGGCCUUCGCGUCCUUGCAGAGGCUGGAGUCUCUCACGUUGAUUUCGGAAGUUCCCUUGUCGUUCAACAGCCUCGCGGACCUGGCAACACUUCCGCACCUCGCACAACUGCAUCUCGCUGCCGAUUCUAACCCCAUACUGUCGGCUGUCCCGAAUCACACUAACACAAGCCAUCUCACCUUCCCCUCUCUGUCGGAAUUGCUUCUGCAAUCCGUGUCCAUGGGCAGCUCCGCCGAAUUCCUAUCAGCAUGUCGCUUUCCCAACCUCAAGGUGGCAUCCAUCAGGUCGACCGGAGCGUCAGACCCGGCCACCGUCGACCGUACACUACAGCUACUCUGCGAGCGGUGCUCGCGGGGCGUGUUGGAGGAGUUCGAUGUGACCAGCGGCCAGGACGCCGAUGUCGAGGAGGAAGGUGCACAGGCCGUCACCAUGGAGUCGCUGAGGCGUCUCUGCGAUUUCCGCCGUCUCCGCAGCUUCAGCCUUCUGACGGAGAUGUGCAUCGUUCUCGAUGACGACGCCGUCAGGGAGUUGGCCGUGUCGUGGCCCCGAAUGGAGUACCUGGAGUUCUAUUCCACGGCCAUGCACCCCUGGGGGCAGCCGACGGCUACGACGCUCCAGGGUUUGGCGCACUUCGCCAGGUACUGUCCCUUGCUGGGGUCGCUCACGAUCGACGUGGAUACAUCGGACGCGGACGUCUCGCUCCACGAGAGGCCGGGCGGUGGCUACUGCAAUCGGGCCCUGCGAACCAUCGACUUCGGCCAGUCCCCCUCUUUGGGAAGCCCUGCGAAGGUGGCGGCGUUCUUGUUCGCGAUCUUCCCGGACCUUGCGGAGGUCAACGAAGAGAACGAUACUCUGGUCGGCGAGUCGUGGCAACCCGUGCGAGAAACUUAUCAGGUUCUACGGCUCGCGCGUCACUGGCGGAAACAAGCGGGUGGAUGAAUAGGCAAGCAACCGGAUGUGCGUCGUGUAUGGAGGUGCUAGGUGUAAUGCGAGGUCGAGCAUAUCAGCGUCUCUGAUCUGCCAUCUCACUGUUGCGAUGAAACAAGGAACCGACAUCGAAUUGUUGUAAUGAUACUUCCUUUCGUUAAGACGACUGGGCUUCAAACCUACACCAAGGACUACUUUUGAUGUGCGCGCCCCAUUGCAAGUGUUACCGACUCUGUGCUACGUCGACGACCCCACAAUCCCGAUCUUGGUUGUUCCGAGCGGAUGACUGACAUGUUCCCCGAUUGCACGCCCCAUACCUUGGUCUGAAGACUGUAGCGGCGAUCGGUCGCAACCGCGAAUGUGACAUGUACAUGUCCCGCCGAUGUGGCAGUCAGUCAUACGCCGGGUGGUUACAGUCAACAUGACUAGGUACGUCCGUACCAUCCGG